AUAUUAUUUACGCACAACUUUGCUCUGAACGGUUAUUAGUUCAUUAACCAGUACCAGCGCAGUUUAUUAAAAUGUAGAUUAGAUUAGAUUAAUCAGUGGUUAAAAUUCAUUUAUGAAUUUAAUUAACAUUAGCUUAUUAACUGAAAUUAAAAUCAUCAGUUUGUGAAGACAAGUAGAAUUAACAAGAACUAUAAUAAAUUACCAAUAAAUUUGAUACAGAAACAUAAAUAUGCCUCACAUUUAUUUGACAACUGACUGAAUUUAAAAAUACCAAUUGAGCUUAUAAUGGUAUUAACAAAUAUUCUUUCGUGUUAAUUGAGAUUCUUGGUAAAAUGGAAAUAAAACAACAAUCAGAUGUACACCUUAAAGCUAUGCUCAAUAACCCGAUUCCUUCAAAGUUUACUCCAGCUGUUCCUGUUCCUGACUGGAACAUUGCAUCACAAAAUCCCUCAACAUCUGCUAAUGCUGUAAACACUACGCAGGUACCUGUGAUAAAACCAAAUCCUUCUCUAAUUAAUGUAGCUAUUCAAGCCUCUGCUGUUGGCGAGCCCCAUACUAAUAUCACUCUACAAAAUUGUGUGUCUACAGUUGACUUGAAUACAACACUUGAUUUAGAAACAAUAAAUGCUAGAACAAGAAAUUCUGAGUACAAUCCCGCAAGGUUUCAUGGAGUGAUUAUGAGAUUAAGAGAACCAAGAACUACAGCACUUAUUUUUAGAUCAGGAAAAAUUGUUUGUACAGGUGCUAGGCAUGAAUAUGAUGGAUUACUUGCUUCAAAAAAAUUUGCGAGGAUUAUACAAAAAUUGGGAUUCAGUAUAAAAUUUUCCAACUUCAAAGUACAAAACUUAGUAGCAACAUGUGAUUUACGGUUUCCGAUUAAAUUAGAAAAUUUAAAUAUGAUGCAUGGACAAUUCAGUAGUUAUGAACCAGAAUUAUUUCCUGGACUAGUGUACAGAAUGGUAAAACCACGAUUAGUACUCCUAAUUUACGUUAAUGGCAAAAUUGUGUUUACUGGUGCCAAAAACAGGGAAGAUAUUAAAGAAGCAUUACACAAUAUUUAUCCAAUAUUAAGAAGUUUCAGAAAAAAUUGAAUAAUGAAAUGAGUAGAACGUAUUUUUUAAAAGUCUGAUUUAACUUUAAGUAUCUUUUUUACCAUAAAGACACGCUUUUUUAUAAAAUGUAUUUAAUCCAUUAAAAUCGAUCAUUAUCUAACUUUUAAGUGAAUAUUUAUAAUGUUAUAUAUUAAAUAUUUCACCAAAUGUACAUAUUAUUACUUUUUAUUAAAUUCUGCUCCGUUUAUUAUUUUGAAUAUAUUUUGUUGGAAAUAUAAAGUGAUUCUGAUUCCGAGUAAAGUGAUAACCAAAACUCAAAAA